AUGGAUAAUCGUCUUGGUCUUAAUUCUGCAUUUGAUAAUUUAUUUCCACGUUCAUUAGGUUCUUGUAUAACUAAUCCAUCACAAGUAGAUACAUUUCGAUCUGAAUGGAAUAGUAAUAAUAAUAUUAGUAACACUUUAACUCAAAAUACACUAUCUAGUAAUAAUAAUACUGGUAAUAGUCUACAACUUACUAAUAAUUCACAAUCACAUUCGAAUACACAAUUGAAUUUACGUCAGCCUUCAUUAUCUACUUGUAAUAAUGAAUUUUCUAAUCCCACACUUUCAGUAUCAUCGUCAAAAGCAAAUGUUUUAGCUGCAGCAUUUUUCGCUAAUUCUUUUACGGAUACAAAUCAAACUGACUCACAAAUUUAUCAAAAUCCUUCUGGAUUUUCGAACACUUUUACUGGGUCAAUGAGUAUUACUAAUUCUAACAAGAGUAAUAUACAAAGCGUUAACAGUAAUAAUAAUCAUAAUAAUGAUAACAAUGUUUAUAAUAUGAAAAUGAAUACUUUUCGAUCACGUUCAGAAUUUAAUCAUUUCGAUCUUGGAUCAAAUACUUCUCAUCCCAUUGACUUGUUUACCAAUUCUACCCAUUUUUCUUUACCUGGUACGAAUAUGAAUAAUAAUACAACAAUAAUUAGUACUAAUAAUCAAUUUGGUCCUGGCAAUUCAUUGCACUUAAUUUCCUCGGCUCACAAUAAUAAUAAUGCCAAAGUAGAAUCCCCUUACAAUAAAUCAAAUCAGCCAUGUGAAAUGGGUGCAUUUCAUCCAUUGGUUUCAAAUUAUUCACCGAUUAGUUUGUUAAAUUCAUCAAUACGAUAUCCUUUACGACAUUCUGCUUCAGAUAUUGCAAAUGCUGAAAAUCAACGUAUUGAUGCGUCAAAUCCAUUUUUAGAUUUUCAUAAUCCUAAUUCUACAUCACUUACUAAUACAUCUAUGAUAAAUUCAGAAAUAAAUAACACUGUUAAUUCGCUAGAUAAUCAAACAAUUGAUUCACAUUUUAAAUCUAAUUACAAACAUUUUACAAAUAAAACAGCAGCUGAUGCAGUAGCAGUGGAAACUCCUUCUGUCGGUGGUAUGAAUAUUAGUGGUUACAAUAAUGCUAGUCUUAAUAUAACGUCACCUGAUAUGAUACGACAUAUGGGACAAAAUAUGACAGUUACAUCAUCGAAUAAUGCCGCAGUUGCCGUGGCUGCGAUUGCUGCCGCCGCAGCUGCUACAAAUUAUAUGGUAGCUAAUACUGGAAUGUCUAAUUUCGGUGUUUCAUCACAUUUAAAUUUAAGUGGACAUAGCAGAGAAUCCGGAAUAGAUGGUAGUGAUAUGAUAUCACCAUCAUCAACACCAUGUGAAAGGCUGAAUAAACAAAAUAAUAAUAAUCAUCAAAUGGAGAAUAGUGUAAAUAUAGGAAAUCAUCUAAACAGUGGUGGUAGUAAUAAUAGUGUUAGAUCUUCAUUAUCUCCAACACAUAUAUGGCCAUGGAUGACUGUUGUGGGACCAAACUCAGUUCAGCGGCGUCGUGGUCGUCAAACAUACAGUCGGUAUCAAACUUUAGAAUUAGAAAAAGAGUUUCAAUACAGUCAUUAUUUAACACGGAGGAGACGAAUCGAAAUAGCUCAUAAUCUCUGUUUAACUGAGCGACAAAUCAAAAUUUGGUUUCAGAAUAGAAGAAUGAAAUUGAAAAAAGAACGCCAACAAAUCAAGGAAUUAAAUGACGAAACAAUUCGUCAAACAACUACAGAUCCCGUUCACCAUAGUCGACGUCAAAUGGGCUCAUCACAUCAAUACUUCGAAAUGUUGAAUUCUAACAACAAUAACAGUUAUUAUUCAACAACUUCUAAUCCAAGCAUUCUUGACUCAAAAGACAACUGUCAACUUGACUGUAAACCAUUAUCGCUACAUAAAAAAUCAGGUUUGAUUCCAAAAUUAUUGAGUAACAAUAUACAAUCAGAUCCGAUGAUUACGGGUGGAUUUUUACCAUCAGCUACUAGGGGUCUACAAUCAGCAGUAAGCUACCCUGGAAGUCAAGGUGGACUUGGUCAAGGGGACUCUGAGGAUUGUGAACCAAUGGAUAGUGAAGAUGAUGAGGAAGAAGAUGAUUUCUGUGAGUCAGACGACCUCCAAGGGCCUAAAGUUUCCAAACUUGCACAUGAAUAUAAUAAUCCUCAUCUAAUGAGAACAAACAUGCUGCGCGACAAAUAAUAUCAAUAAAAACUUGAACUUUUGUGUUUAGAAAAAAGCCAUGAAUACCAUCAAAUCAAUAACAAAUUAGCACACAUGACAUUAUUUUAUGUUUUAUCUGUAUGAACUUGAACUCUAGUUUGCCUAAUUUUUAUUCUUCC